AUGGCUGAGAUUUACGUUCACGGCGGCGUGGUCAACGCUCAAAGAGUUUUGGAAUUAACUCUCAAGCAGGGGGCUCGCCUUGCUAACCGCGGCGAAUUCUCCCACCGGGCUUUUCUGAACGGCAAGAUUGAUUUAAUUAAGGCCCAGGCCAUCCACGACUUAAUUUUUGCUAAGACGCUCAAACAAGCCCAGAUUUCAGCUCAUAAACUAACUGGUCAAACUAGUCAACUAAUUGAAAACAUGCUUGGUGAACUGAGCGAUUUGAUCGCGGUUUGUGAAGUGAACAUUGAUUAUCCAGAGCACGACGAUGUUGAGCAAAUUAGCGACCAAAAACUAAUUCCGGUCGUCAGCAAGUUGCUCAAAACUUUGCAGCUAAUUGAAAAAGAGUCGCACUACGCUAAAAGCGUUUACGAAGGUUUGCAAGUCGCGAUCGUUGGCGCCCCUAACAGCGGUAAAUCUUCUUUGUUAAACGCUUUAAUUGACCAAGACAAAGCGAUUGUUUCAAGCGUGCCAGGCACGACCCGGGACGUGGUCGAAGGACAGUUGGUGGUUGGUGAUGUUUUGCUUAAGUUAAGCGACACAGCCGGCAUUCGCAGCACCGCUGACAAACUAGAAAAAACUGGUGUGAGCAAAAGUUACCAAACGCUUGACCGAGCCGACUUAGUUUUGCAUGUCAUUGACGCCAAGGCCGGCCCAACUGGUUCCGAUCGGUUAAUCGAAAAACGCGUUUUGCCUAGCCAAAUUUACUUAAAAGUUUUUAACAAGUCGGAUUUGAUCACCGAGUCAAGCCAUCAAAAAGAUUUGGUUUUGGUCAGCGCUAAACUGAAGCAAAUUCAAAAACUAGUUCAAGCUAUCAAAGAUAAAUGCCAAAAAUCCGAUUUGUCCGAUCUCCACGUUUUAACUAGUGCUCACCAACUAAGUCUGAUUACCAAAGCGCGCCAGGCGCUUAGCGACGGACUGAGUGCUUUGCGAGCCGGACAAACUUUCGACGUCGUGAUUGUCGAUCUUCACCAGGCUUACAAAAAUUUGGCGAAUGUGAACGGGAAGGCCGAUCACUAUCAGUUGCUUGACAAAAUGUUUGCUUCCUUUUGUUUGGGCAAAUAA